AUCCUCAAAUCACCUCGCUCUACACGGCUGCGUGUAAUCGCGAUUUCUAGGGUUAGGGCUUCAGAUUUGCAGUUGCUACGAUGGCUCUCCGGGCGUUCUACAACGAGAUCAAAGGCUUGAAGGUGAGGGAUCUCCCUGCAUACGUGAAGCCGAAGCUGUCGUGGGAGUACAUCAAAAGCAGUACGGACAAGGCGGUGGAUCGCUACAUCGAGAAGUACAUCGAUACCAGUUCGAUCCAGCCCCUCUAUCACGUCAUCAUCGGCGGCAUGGUGAUAUCCUACCUUGUGGCCCUUCCACACGAGCGCCGCCACCUCGAGCAUCAGCAGCAACAGGCCUCUGGCGGCCACCACUAAUCGUGGCUGCUGUCUCCCUCUCUCUUCGAUCCUCCAGGGUUUAACAGCUUUUGUCAUUGAAGUUGAGCAAUGUGUCUCUGGAAUUCUCUUGCCUACCUGCAGUUGCAUUAUCCAAGUUGUCUUGUGAUUUACUUGCAAGGAUUGCAAAAAUAAAUUUUAAGAUACCUCUAAUUGUGGUUCUCUUUACUGGAGUUAUAUUGUGAUAAAUAGUAUGUCACUGCAUGCAGUGUUUCCCAUUUUA